AACAAUAGUAUACUAUAAAAUCAUUCUAGUCUGAAAGGGGUUGCCAUAAUCAAACUUUCCCCAAAUUGAGUUCGAAUCCUCCAUCCCAAUUUUUUUAGGGUUUCAAUUGCACACAAAAAAUCCCAAUUAAUUCCAUCCUCCAAUGCCUCCAUUUAAUCCCGUAUCUAGGGCGGUGGCGCGUCACGUUUACCGCCGGAAUCCAUUCCGGGGGCGCGUAUCAAAUCACUCCAAUCACGAUCAGAUCCGGUGUUCGACUAGCAUUGCGAGGGCGCCGCAAAUAUUUUCCGCGGCGGAUAGAACAUUUAGCGGCGGAGCAUACACGAAAUACAAUUUUCGAGAUUGUGAAAAUCGGUGGAAUAUUAGCAAUAGCACUUUCCAGAAAAGGGGAUUUUUGGGAUGCAAUGACGACCAAGAAGGGAAUAUGCUUUCAAAAGUUUACGAAGAACGACGUGUUUUAGGGUAUUCGCCUGAACAAUUGUUCGAUGUCGUUGCUGCUGUUGACAUGUAUCAGGAUUUUCUUCCAUGGUGUCAACGAUCCGAAAUACUUCGCCGCAAUCCCGAUGGAACUUUUGACGCCGAGCUAGAAAUCGGCUUUAAAUUUUUGGUUGAAAGUUAUAUCUCUAAUGUGGAGCUAAGCAAACCGAAAUUUGUUAAGACAACUUCAACACAGAGUAGCCUUUUCGAUCAUUUGAUCAAUGUCUGGGAAUUUAGCCCUGGACCUGUUCCAGGAACCUGCAGCCUAUAUUUCUUGGUGGACUUCAAAUUCCAAUCACAAUUUUAUCGACAGAUUGCGAAUAUGUUCUUCAAGGAGGUGGUUUCUCGGCUUGUGGGUUCGUUCAAUGACAGAUGUCGGCUGAUAUAUGGGCCAGGUGUGCCAGUUCUUGAAAAUACUUAUGAUCAGAGAACAUAAAUGCAUACAACAUAUGCAUUUGUCUUUGGUCGCCAUAAACGUUGUCGUUCAAAACUCUGAAUUUUUGACGAAAUACCAGAUACUAUUUAAAUACCUGUUUUUUCUGGGUUAUAUUAUUCA